AUGGAGGCAAUACUGAAGGGUAGAGGCUAUCCAGUGAGGGACGAUAAGGUCAAAUUCGCUGCAUUGUUGCUUUCCUUUGAAAAGGAAGUGGUUUUCAGUGGCAAUGUGGAAUCUGACUUCCGUGUAAGCCGCCAUGGGAAAGUUUCAUUGAUUGUCGGGCUUCAUUGCAAUUUAUGUCUACUGUUCUUGUUUGUUACUCUUCUGUGCUCAACAGACAUAGUGUCCUCUGGGGUUACGAGUUCUUAUGUACGUUCUGAGUUUCCAGCUGUUGACAUCCCUAUCGAUAGCAAAGAGUUUGCGGUUCCAAAAGACCAAAAUGCCCCUCAACAGUUGCAUAUUACUCAAGGUGACUACAAUGGAAAAGCUGUAAUACUCUCAUGGGUGACAUUUACAAACCCUGGAACAAAUGAAGUGUCGUAUGGAGAAUCUCAGAAUAAAUAUGAUCAUAAUGCUCAAGGGAAAACUACCAACUAUACCUUCUAUGAUUACAAAUCUGGAUACAUUCAUCAUUGUCUUAUUGAUGGUCUUGAGCAUGAUACAAAGUACUACUAUAAGAUCGCAGCUGGGGAUUCUGCUCGCGAAUUUUGGUUCCGAAAAAUUGAUCCUGAUGCUCCUUAUACUUUUGGUAUCAUAGGUGACUUGGGGCAAACAAAUAAUUCGCUUUCUACUCUUGAGCAUUAUAUGCAAAGUGGAGGACAAGCUGUCCUCUAUGUUAGGGACCUCUCUGCUGAUCGAUAUGAAUGUGAUAAUGGUACUCGCUGGGAUUCAUGGGGCCGCCUUAUUGAGCGAAGUGCUGCAUAUCAGCCGUGGUUUUGGGCUGCUGGAAACCAUGACAUUGAAUAUAGACCUGAUCUGGGAGAAGUUUCUACUUUUAAAGCUUUUUCACAUAUAUAUGCAACCCCUCAUGAAGCUUCACAGAGCAGCUCUCCCCUUUGGUAUGCAAUCAGGCGUGCAUCUGCGCAUAUCAUCAUGCUUUCUAGCUAUUCUCCAUUUGUUAAAUACACUCCCCAAUGGACUUGGCUACAAAAUGAGCUGGAACGAGUUGACAGGAAGAAAACACCUUGGCUAAUAGUUCUAAUGCCUCCAUUAUACAACAGCAAUGAAGCUCAUUAUAUGGAGGGUGAAAGUAUGAGGGCUGCUUUUGAAAGUUGGUUUGUUCGUUACAAAGUCGAUAUCGUCUUUGCCGAACAUGUUCAUGCCUAUGAAAGAUUGCACAGAAUCUCCAACAUAAAGUACAACAUCACUUCUGGCAUCAACUAUCCAGUGCCUGAUAAAUCAGCUCCAGAAUAUGGAAACGUUGGUAAUGGAGGAAAUUCAGAAGGUUUAGCUGGAAGGUUUUCUGAGACUCAACCGGAUUACUCUGCGUUUAGGGAGGCAAGCUAUGGCCAUUCAACAUUGGAACUGAAAAAUAGGACCCAUGCAUUUUACCGCUGGAAUCGAAAUGAUGAUGGAAAGCAUGUUCCUGUUGAUCAUGUUAUUUUCCACAAUCAGUACUGGAAUAGCAAUAGGAGGAGGAGACUGAAGAAAUACCGCCAAUCUCAAGCUCUCGACAGAUUACCUGCAACUUAUUGAGCAGUCUUUACAUUGUUGAAUGCUGAGCGAGAACAGUUAUAUAGCAUGUAAUAAAGUUAAUGAUAUUUGAUAUUGUUCUAGUGCUAAAUUAAUAAUAUAAAUCAUGCAAAAGCAUUUUACA